AUGGGCAACAACUCACUAGCAUAUCUACAGUAUAACAAUAUCCCGAUAAACUGCUCCGUCUACUCCUUGACAAAUGGCACCAUCAAGCUACUAGACCACUACAACCAGACGUGGAAUAAUGCGUCCAACUUGCACGAAUACUUGCCAGCCUACUACAUCACCAACUGCUCGAUACCGGAUUUGAUCGACUUGGUGCUCCAGGAGGAGUUCAACAAGGACUCCAACUCGAUACCGGAGGUCUAUGACAACCCCUAUUAUCAGCGAGAUAAUGGUGACACUUUCAUAGCGUGGUUGUUCACCUUGUGUGGUUCGUGUGUCUCUUGUUGGAUGUUGAGCUUGUUGCUUUAUCUCACCCCCAAGCACAAGCGGAAACCGUGGCUAACUCAAAUCACCACCAUCUACUAUGCUAUUGUGACAAGUGUCUUGCUCGUGCGACUAACCAAGGCGUCGGAAUACGAAUAUUACCACGACAAUUUGGAUAUCAUCAAGCUCCAGAAUAAUCUAUACGCCAACAAUGUGUACCGAACAUUGAUGGUUUUAACGCAAUGCCUAACCAUGUCGUCGUGGUUUCAAAUCAUCCAGCGACUAGUGCGGCCGAAAUACCGAUUUAUAUCAGCCAUCAUCAGUUUUAUAUUUAUGGGCUUCUACAUUGCUAUUUACACCUAUUAUCAAGUCACGUAUAACUCGGAAGAAUACAUUCACAACCAGUUUAAUCCGCAGCAUCAUUAUAAUUGGAGCAUUCUUCGAGCUGUGGGCAGGUUAUUGGUGGUUGCUUGGUUUGGCGGCAUAUUGCUACACUACACGACAAUGGUCAAAAACCCGCGCAAGAUUUGCUAUAACCGCAAGUUGUUCCCCAUUGCCCUUUUCAUAUGGGGUUUGUUUGCGUUGGAUGUCAUUGUCACCAUUUUGCACGUUACUUUGUUCCGGUAUAGCUGGUUGGUGAGAACUUGGUUAGUGUUGAUUCCCUACUUGUUGGAGGUUAUCUUGCUAACGGUUAUCUGGGAAUGGAUUUUCAACAUUUGGAUUUUGGAGCGCAGAUUUGAGUUGAUGAAUGUGUUGGGAAGAAGAAUCAGCUAUGAGGACGUUGUUGAUUUUAAAGAAGACGAAGUGGGACAAAGAAGACCCAGAUUCGAUAGAUUUACCGGCUGGGUUCUUUACAAGUUGAAGCAGCACCACCAGAGCAAUCGAGAAAUUGAGGAAAGAUCCGAGGAAAGCUUUAAAGAAGUCACCCUGUCUGAAUUGACAAGCAACACAAACACCAAUAGAAAUUCCAAUACAAAUUCAAGAAUAGCUUCAAGAAGCGCGGAAGAAGUUCACAAUGGGGAAGGAACUGCAACUGUCGAUGCAGGUGGUGAUGAUGCUGAAGAUGAAGAUGACGACCAUGACCAUGACGAUGACCAUGACCAUGACCAUGACCAUGACAAUGACAAUGACCAUGACGACCAUGACGACCAUGACGACCAUGACGACCAUGACGACAAUUUCAGCGACAGAGAAUAUGACGAUGAGUAUGUUGACAACUAUGAAACAUAA